UAUUUCCUUACAACUUGGUUGUGAGGAUGUCUUAAAAUAGGGCCGUGAAUUGCAGUUGACGGAAUGUAGUAGUUUUAUUCACAAAAUUUUCAUUGAAUAAGUUAUUUAAAGAAGAUUUCAGAAAUAAUCAUUUAUUGCAGAAGUGAUUCUAAAACAAAAUUAUGAGCAAAAUGCAUUUCGGCGUAAAUGUUACGAAUUGUGAAAGCUGAACCACAGGAAACUGAGACAUGUUACCAGACCUUAAUAUUCGGUUAGCAGCAAAUAAUGCACUAACCUUUACUAAAAGUCUAAGAAUUCUAACUGCACAUAGAUAAACAAAAUCGAGUUUUUCCUUAAAUAUACUAUUUUGUUAAAAAAACUGUAAAGAAGGAACUGCCCAUGUGAAAUUUUGUUGAUUUUUUUUAAUUAUGAUUAUACAGACAAUCAAUUUAUCUAAAAAGAAAUAUAAAACAAAAUAUAUCUGGUCACCCCAUUCAAAAAGCAAUGAAAGCGCAGAAAUAAUAAAUGAUAAUAAAUAAGAGAGCGAGAAAGUUAACAUAAAUACAUAUAUGAGGAAAGUAAACGUAUAAAAGUCAAUGCACGAUCAGUCUACUUUGCACUGUUUGCUUUUUUUAUGGUAUCCCAAUAAUUGCUGCAAUAUUGUCACAACACGCUGGGGUCUCAGGUUGUAACCAUUCGCUGUUCCACUGCCUGCCCUGCUGAUAAGGCAAUCAGCGCAGCAGCGCUGUUGUUAAACCGUGUGCAUGGAUAAUAACACAUUGAGCAGGAGCUCUGUUUACUUAGCAGGUAUCUAAAAGCCACAUUAUCAGCAAACGUACCCGUCAAACUACAUACAUACAUGGUACUUUGGCGGCAGGCAGUCGACGCAGACAAACAACAAACUAAGCAAUACUAUCACGCAGGCCGAAGCGAAAGUAAAAUAAUUAAAUAUACUUAUAUGUAUGUAUAACACUUGGUGUGCUAGAGGAAAAGGUGGUGCAUUAAUAUUGAUUUAAGCACUUCACAUCUAGUGUACAUAACCAUAAGGGGGUGUGUGUGCGUGUGUUUGUGGCGUUAGACGCUGGUGCGCAAGCGUACAACGCACAAUAGCAUACGACUACGAACAAGCUGUUAUCAAUUACGGCGCGCAAUGUCGCACGGCAUAGUGAGCGGGGGAGCAGGAGCAGCAGUCGUCGAUAGCAGUAGUCUUAACGCACAGUCCGCUACCACAGAAUAUCGCGAAGUACAUUGGACAUCGAAUGUCAUGGAUUCUUCACGCGUCUCCACUUGUCUCAUUUCGAUGCUGUUGAUCGUGUAUGGCAGUUUUCGUAGUUUGAAUAUUGAACAGGAGGCUCGUGAACGUGAACAGAAGAAGCGUAGUGAAUCAAUGAUGAAUUUAUUAACAGGGGAACCUGUGGAACAAGAGACCAGCAAAUUCGCAACGCUCGAUACAAUGCAUGCAUUGUGCUUGCCACUCGGAGCUUCAGUUUCAUUGUUGGUUAUGUUUUUCUUUUUCGAUUCAAUGCAAUUACUUUUCGCCGUUUGUACAGCAAUAAUUGCAACGGUGGCUUUAGCCUUUCUGCUAUUGCCCAUGUGUCAGUACAUAAUACGACCAUGCACCGAUGGUAAUCGCAUAUCGUUUGGUAUAUGUGGUCGCUUUACUGCAGCUGAAUUAUUCAGUUUUGCGCUCUCUGUGUCAAUUGUAUGCAUUUGGGUACUCACCGGACAUUGGCUGUUAAUGGAUGCAAUGGGCAUGGGUCUAUGUGUGGCAUUUAUCGCUUUUGUACGCCUGCCAAGUCUUAAGGUGUCUACACUUUUGCUAACUGGACUGCUCAUCUACGACGUCUUCUGGGUUUUCUUUUCAUCGUAUAUUUUUAGCACAAACGUGAUGGUUAAGGUGGCCACCAGGCCUGCUGACAAUCCGGUCGGCAUAGUAGCGCGAAAACUAAACUUGGGGGGUAUUGUGAAAGAGCCACCGAAACUUAACUUGCCAGGCAAAUUGGUUUUUCCAAGCAUACACAAUAGUGGACAUUUUUCAAUGUUGGGUCUAGGUGAUAUUGUGAUGCCGGGUUUACUGUUAUGCUUUGUUUUGCGUUAUGAUGCAUAUAAGAAAUCGCAGGGGAUAACUACGGAUCCCACGUUGCAGCCACCGAAAGGAGUCGGUUCGAGGCUUACCUACUUUCACUGUUCCUUAUUGGGCUACUUUCUUGGGCUGCUAACCGCUACCGUAAGCUCAGAAGUUUUCAAAGCAGCACAACCGGCAUUAUUAUACUUGGUGCCGUUCACGUUAUUGCCGUUGUUGACUAUGGCUUAUCUCAAGGGCGACUUGCGACGCAUGUGGAGUGAACCGUUCAUCACGCAACAACCAUCAAAGCAACUGGAAGUCUGAGUGCUUAGCCUCUUUUUUCCUUCGUAUACGUUUAACGAACUACGUUUAUACAAGGAAUGAAUUAUUUUAGUUUUUGUAUUUUAAUUAUAAUAAUAGACAUAAACCAACUUGGAGCAUGCAUGAGGGUGGGGGUUGUGAAUAAUACGUAGUAUGUAUGCUGAAUCAAGAGUUUAAGACAAGAAAAAAUUUUUACUCAUUUUACGUUUAAUUUUUACAUGUUUAUUUUUCAUUAAAAAAUAUUCAUUGAACUAAAAUAUAGUAACAUUUAAGUGUAAUGCGCUCAGAUAUGAAAAUGAGAUUCAAUAAUAGUAACGUAUUUGUAUGUAAAACAUCCGUUAAUACAACAAUGUAUUAAAUAGUGAAAAAAGCCAAAAUUUAGCGCACUUGAGAAAAAUAAAUAUUACAGCAAUGUCGAUGUAUGAUUACAUAUUUCCAUAUACAAAAUACAUACAUGCCUCAGUAUAUCAUCUUAAGAAUCUACAUCCGCACGUUAAGAAUGAUGAGUUCUAUAGAAAUGUAUAAAUAUAUACAGACACACAAAAAAUACAUGCAUACAAUAAACAGUACUCAUUAAGCCACUCAUUAGGUAUAACUAUCAUCUGAACGAAUCAAUUUCGUUAAUUUAUAUAGAACUGAAUUUUAUUAAAACUCGCUUAAAGCAAAUUAGUAAACAAUUAAAGAAUAUAUGAACAAUACAUUAGAGGGCCAAUCUUUAUCAACCUUUUUAAGUUUUUUUUAUGUUAAAGAAACAAUGAUAUCUCGCUGUAGCAGCGCAUGUUCACAGUAGCAGCGCAUGUCACAGAAUCUACGUAAACGGGACGGGCUGAAUUUAUACCCGGCAAAGCAUUGUCAACUCGUCACCAUUCCUUGAAAUUACUUCAGCAAUGUUUUUUGCCGCUACAAAAACAACAACAAGUGCUGUCCUAUAAACAUUUUAUACAUUUCGAAUUAAAUCUAACUGAAUUGAGUAAAUAAAUUAAGCUCUCCUAUCCUUUGGAUGUUGGAAAAAAGUUUCAAUAACUACAUUUUUAAUCUAAGUUUUUAGACACUUUUAAACAAAAAAAUUGUUUAUACAGGUGUACAUUGUACAAGAACAUGUAUUAAUUUAUACAUUUAUGAGAUAUCGUUAUUAAUAAAUUGUUAAUGCAAAGUUUUUUUGGUCACAGA